CGCUCCGUCAGGCUCGCGGCUCCGCAGCGGCGCGCUCCCCGCCGCCCCUCAUGGCGGCCCCCGAGACGCUCGGGGGCCCCGUCCUGAAAGAUGUUGUGGCGUAUGUAGAAGUGUGGUCAGCCAGUGGAACAGAAAAUUAUUCAAAGACAUUUACAGAUCAACUUGCGGACAUGGGGGCCAAGGUUUCAAAAACUUUCAACAAACAAGUGACUCACGUCGUGUUCAAAGACGGGUACCAGAGCACCUGGGCCAAAGCGCGGAAGAGAGGCGUGAAGCUCGUCUCAGUGCUCUGGGUUGAAAAAUGCAGGACAGCUGGAGUGCACAUUGAUGAAUCGCUGUUCCCUGCAGCUAAUCCCAGUGAACACCUACCAAGCCUAAUGAAAAAAAAACGCAAGUGUAUGCAGCCCAAAGAUUUUAUUCCUAAAACACCAGAAAAUGAUAGAAGACUGCAAAAGAAGUUUGAGAAAAUGGCUAAAGAGCUGCAACAGCAGAAAACCACUCUGGCCGACCACGUCCUAUCUGAUCUGCCUGUCCUGCAGCCUCACAUCAGCUCUGCCCCUCUCUGCUGUCAGCCUUCAUACCUCUGCCAUUUGGCCAUCUUUCCUGCACCAGCGAUAGUGUAUUUGAAAAGAAUUCAGCAAAAUGGUAAUGAUGCUCCUGUUCUCUUGUUCGAAUCUAAUGGCUCCCUGGUGUACAGUCCCCCAGUUAGAAUCUGCAGUGGCCACCACAGUGCAGCGGGGAAGAGACUGCAGGCGAUGCAGGCGAAACGGGAGGAUCUUUCCCCCACCUCUUCCCAGAUGGUUGAAAAGUCUGACGAUAACACCGUUAACUCUCUGUGUGAAGCAUCUUUGAACCUUUCACGUGAUACUUUGUGUUCAGAGGACUUCUUUGCUGGUGUUCUACACUUGUCUUUUGAUGAUCUUUGUGGGAGCUCUGGAUGUGGGACUCAGCAGAGGAAAUUGGGAGGAUUCCUUGAUGAAAGUAAAAGCGCUGCGUGUGCUUCCUCAGCUGUGUUGAAAACGAGCAGUGUCCGUCUGCCAGCAUCUCCCGGUUCCCUUGGUCAGUUAACUCUUCACCAGUCCCCUGGCAGUCUUUCCAAGGGAGACAUCCACCGGCAGAGGGGUGCUGCGGGCCGAGCCAUCACCCCCGACGCGAAGCCAGCGUGGGAGCCAGCUCGGGGGGUGUUCGAUGGGAAGAGGGGCCUGUCUCCUAUGUCAUCUGUAACAAAAGAGCCCCCCAGGGGCCCUUCAUGUCCCCAGAGCUCCUCAGCCACGAGAAGAAGGGUGUCGGCGAUCUCCAGGCCACCCCCGGAGGAGAGACUGAGGAAGAGGCCGUCCCUCGGGCGGCCCCCCGCGCCCCGGCUGCAGCCGGAGAACAGCCUGAAGUGCGCGAGCAGCUCUGCCGUUCAGACUCUGGGCCGCGGGGAGUCCUCGUACGAUGAUUACUUUUCUCCCAAUAAUCUCAAGGAGAGGGACUUGGAGAGCCUCCUUCCCGGGGUCCAGCCGCCCGCCGGCCCUGCCCUGCUCCACUGCACGAGGAGCCUUUCCAGGAGGGAGAGGACCAGCCUCCUGGAAAGGGCUGACUUUUCCUGCAUUGGCAGAAACCCCAGGUCAGCCAAUGGUACCGACUCAACAGUGAAGGCUGGCUUCCGUCUCCAGAAACCUGCAAACUACGGAGCUGAUCCGGGCUUGAGCAGCGUGACUUCUAAGGAAACGCCUGCUGCCGAAGGGACCCCAGGGGACUGUCCCCGGGCCAAGGCUCAGAGACGGGGAGACGCCUGCCCGGGUGGGAGUGACUCUCCCCAUAUCCUCGACGGACUCACUCCUCAGAAGGGGCGUCGAGGUGAUUUUACUCCUUUGAAAGGAAGCAAUAAAGAAAUGAAAGGAUGGAUUGACAUAAAAAGCACACAGAAAGAAGAUACUCCUUCUAAAAUGGUGAAUUCCCCUGAAGGUGAAGCACAAAGUGAUUAUAAGCUAAACUGUGUAGGCGACUGUGAUGUGGAAAAGUCUGCAGAGGCGAGGGAAGAGUUACCCCGAGGAUGCAGUGAAAGUGUUAACAGAGGACCAGCAAGGCGUGAUGUUUUGGAUGGCUCAUGGGAAGGCUUCAAGGAUCUCAUCAGGCCUCAUGAGGAAUCGAGGAAGAGCGGGAAAGGCCAGAAGCCAACAAGAACAUUAGUCAUGACAAGCAUGCCAUCUGAGUACUGUGGUCUUUGGAAAUGGGUCAUUGGAUUUCCGAGGAACCAUUCGAACUGUCAAACUACUUCCCUGCAGCUCCUACUCGCUCACUCAGCACAAGGUCUGGGCCUCAGAGAACCGCCCGCUGCUGCCGUGAAGGAGACGCCACUCAACCCACGGCUGCUGCUAACAGCCCGCCCCGUCGUCCUCGGACGCGCAAGUGAGGGGAGGGGUGGACGCAGGAAGGAUGCCUUUCUAUACCGUCACGUUUGCCGCCUGUGGGUGUUGUGGUUUUCACGUGAAGAAAGCUCCUUCGUGUGGCUUUCUGAUGCCUGAGUGUGUGUCUCAGAGAAGCACUGACGUGCCCUGUUGGGCCUUUUCUAUUAAAGCCAGUCUGUGUGUCCUAGUGAUGAUCAUAAUUGAGAGGUCCCAGAACCUUUGUCAUGGAAGUGCCAUACUGUUAAA